GGGAAGAGGAGCAAGGAAGAAGGGGAGAUGGAUCGGUUUUGCUCAGCGAGGCUGCCUUCAAGGAGCUUAACGGAGCUUAGGCCAACGGUCGUAAAUGACGGUUCUUGCCUUAGCGGGCGAAUCGGAAAUGAGGAAGAAGCUGCCCUGGUCCAAAUUGACCGCUAAACGCGCGCGCUAUCCGAAAGCGGUGCUGGCAAUAACACUGGCGCUGAGGUGACCGCUCCAACGCAUCCUUUUUUUAUAACAGUACGCGCCGACGCCGUCCAGCGACUGUGGCAGGGCGAGGAGACGACGAUGUUUUCGCACCGCGGAAACAACACGCAACAAACAAAUGAACGACAGCGCAGGCAAAGGAGUGUUCGAGUUAGACGGCCCUGCAGGGGAAGCGAGAGACUGACGAGGAUGCAGCGAAUUAGGCUGAUUCGACAAACGAGUGCACUCUGGCAACCACCACGCGACGACAGCCGGCCGGGGCUGCUCCCCAGAUUUUAUAUGGCAAUGCAUUCUGCAACUGCUUUAAGCUUAUUCUUGACGAGACAAGCCAUGUUUUACCUGGGCAAUGACAGCAACGUGGCGGCCUCGACAGCUGAGACGAACAGCGGGCGUGCCCCAGUCACAGCACAGCGGCACUUCCAGCUUCCGACCAGCAUCCUCCUUUCGACAGCUGUCAAAAGGACCCGCGUACUCUCCGUAGCGGCUUCAUUAUUGCAAAAUGACAGCCGCGUGGAUUCUGAGUGGGUUCCUCGGCCUGCCGAAAGCCACUCCGGGAUGCCUGCAACGGAGUAUGCGUAGUAGUGAGCGUUUUGUCAACCAAGUCCGUACCUAUUGAUUCCCUCUUUAAACACCCGCGCCUCGCACUACGGAACGGUGUAGCCAGCUCGCUCCGAU